AUGUUUUGCCAUGAGUACAGCGAUGUGGCCCAGCGAGUCCAGGCCAAGGAGAAAAUCCAGGCCAAUGAGCAAUCGCAAGGGCUUUUUGACUGGCAGAUGCAGCGCUCAAUAAGCCCCCGUUUGCUACCAAUAGAUAUAAAAGAUGCCGCCACGAAUUUCUAUUUUGAGAAUUUCACUCACCUUGGACGACCCGAGGGUCUAAGGAGCUACUUGCCGAAGCUGUAUAACAGGGGAGGCCCUGAUACAGUGUUCAAGAAUGCAGUCAUAGCUGUAGGUAUGGCGGGGCUCGCGAACAUUGCAAAAUGCCCAACAAUGACACAGGCCGCGAGAAUGCAAUAUGUGGCAGCGAUUUCACAGGUCAAUAAAGCUUUGAGCAGGCCCUCAAGGCCCACCGAGGACAGUGUUGUAAUGAGUGUAAUGAUGUUGAGUAUGUUCGAGACUAUGACUUGUUGCCACAUUAAAUCAAGAGAAACAUGGAUUGAACACAUAAAGGGUGCCGCAUCUCUCAUUUGUUUGAGGGGCGAGAACCAAUUUCACAAUGAAACAGGUCGAUCGAUAUUUCUAUACAUGAGGUCUAACAUAAUAUCAAGCUGCCUUCAGCGCGAGAUAGCAGUCCCCGAGCUUCUUUGCCAUUGGAGCAUAAAAGCUCAAGUAGACGACUCGGUCGAUCGUCGGAAAGGGAACGAACUAAUGAACAUCGUGACGCGAUUUGCAAACUUGCGCGCCCUGCUAAAAGAUGGAUUGCUCACAGAUGCUUCCGAUAUUGUUCUCACUGCCCUCGAAAUCGAGCAAGACCUAAUAAGUUGGUUGCAGGACUUGCCGCCAGCUUUUAUCUUUACUACAACUUCUGCUGAAACCGCUACUGAAAUGGCUUAUGGCAGCCAUUGCCACAUCUACGAACACCUCUGGGCUGCAUUCAACAUAAAUACAUACCGAACCACCCAUUUAAUGAUCCACAGCAUGAUAUUAGAAUGCCUGGUACCAUACGCAACCUCUACGCACCCAGUGGGUACGAUACAGAACCCCGCCUCACAGUACCAAAGGUCCCUGGAAGCUUCUCACUAUCUUGGGGCUGAAAUUGCAGCCAGCUUGCCAUUCCACCUUGGCUUCAGCAAAAGCAGUGGAAUGCAUCCGCCUCACAAGAGAACACCUAUUGCAGGCGGGCUCUUCAGCUUAUGGCCGUUGUAUAUCCUUGGGUCUACGGACUCUAUUCCAGAGGAUCUCCGCGCUUGGUCUGCUGAGCGAUUGAUUAUGAUUGGGAAGACUAUGGGCAUUCAGACCGCUAGCAUGCUUGCCUGGGUGGUUGGUAUGACAAUGGGAACGAACCCGUAG